AUGCUGUCGAAACCACCAUACGGGUUUAAUGGACCACAAAGAAAUCACGGAGGAUAUAACUCAAAUAAAAAUUAUCAGAAUAAAGGAUAUGGAGGAGGAAGUGGUAGAAAUUCAUCAUCAUCAUAUACACAACAUAAUCAAUCAUCAAACUCAGAUAGAAAUUAUAAUAAGAGACCAAAUUCAUCACAUCAACAAUAUAAUCAACAAAAUAGAAACAACUCAUCAUAUAGAGCAAGACUGAAUUUAUACCAACAAUAUUCAUCACAACCACAACACCACCACCAACAACAACAAGAUAAUCAAUUUCAAAUAUGGAUGGGGGAUAUAGAUCCAACAUGGGAUGAACAUACUAUAGAAGCAACUUGGACAAAUCUAGUAACAAAACCGAAAUCUAUCAAAUUAAUGAGAGAUAGAGUAAACCCACUGAAUUCAUCAUAUUGUUUUGUUACUUUCCCAGAUAAAGAAUCUUAUGAAUUGGCAUUACAAAGGAAUAAUCAACCAGUACCCAAUAGUACAAAAUUUUUCAAAUUAAAUUCAGCAAAUAAUUCCAAACAAAAUCAAGGAAAAUCAAAUACAUCAAUUGGUGGAGAAUUUUCAAUUUUCGUAGGUGAUUUAUCACAAGAAGUUAAUGAACAUAUGUUAUUUACAAAGUUUAAUUUAAAAUAUCCUAAUCAAGUUAAACAAGUUAAAGUUAUAAUUGACCCAAAUACAAAUGUUGGUAAAGGGUUUGGAUUUGUUAAAUUUUUAAAUGGAGAAAUUAUGCAAAAGGCAUUAAAAGAAAUGCAAGGAGUAAUGGUUGGUUCAAAACCAAUUAGAGUUGGAGUAGCUGCUGGUUCAGAAAAUCCACAAACUUCUUCAAUUGGGAUUGAUCAUAAAUCAACAGAUUUUAAAAAAUUGCAUUUACCACAACAUCAACCAAAUGAAAUUAACCCACAAACAGAUGAAAAUAAUACAUGUAUAACUAUUAAUGGUUUAUCUUCAAAAUUUACAGAACAAGAAUUACAAUCUUAUUUUAUUGCAUUUGGAGAUUUGAUAUAUGUUAAAAUUUCCAAAAAUUUCCAAACUGGUUAUAUUAAAUUCUUGUUAAGAUCAUCAGCUGAAUCAGCAAUGUUGUAUCUUAAUGGGUUAGUAAUUAAUGAAUGUAGAUUAAAACUCAAUUGGGGAAGUUCUAAUAUACUAGCACAAGAAGAAAAUGGAUUAAAUUUUGAACCAAAUUAUGAAUUAACAAAAUAUAACUAUACAAAACAACAACAACCACCAAGAUUUUAUCAUUCAAUUGAUUAUACAAAUACUAAUAUUAGUUCUUUGAGAGAUGAAGCUAUUCAACAAUAUGCUAAUAGAUUAGAUGAAACUGAAAUCAUAUCAGUUAACCAAAUUAAUGAAAUUUAUUUAAAUAGUAAAAUGUGUAGAAAUUAA